AUGAACACCGCAAAAUAUCAAAUCGUUUGCGCAGCGAUUCUCGGCUUCGGACAACUGUGCAUUAUGGCCGGAUUUGACGCGGAGAGUUUCAUUCUGGAAUCGGUGAUCCAUUCAAUCCACGAACGCAAUCCGUCGCUCAUCUCACAAUAUGCCGGAUAUUACGGGCAAGCGAUCUGCUAUGCUGGAUACAUGAUCACCUGCCUAUUUUCCUCGUCGCUCAUCAUUAUGACAAAUGCCAAAACGGUAUUAUUCACAUCAGCUGUGUGUUUCGCUAUGUUCCCCAUCGGCUUCUUCUUCACCAAUCAAUAUUAUUUUUUUGUCUCAAGCGCCAUCACGGGAAUCGGAUUCUCGCUGUUCUACCAAGGCCAGGGUUCAUAUAUGGCGUCGCACUCAACGCGAAACACCAUCGAGUUCAAUGAUUCGGUCUCGUGGUCGAUUGGAUGUUUUUGCUUGAUCGUCGGAUCGUGCAUUAUCGGAACAAUCACGACAUUCACAGCGGCUGAAAUUCCAGUACAAGAUGUUCUGAUGAAUUCGACAUUGGCGAAAGUUGAAAGAAGAUAUAGUGAUACGGAAAUAACCCUUCUAUUCGGCAUGUUCGCUUUAUUCUCCAUUUUGGGAAGUAUAUUUUUCGCCUUUCUUCCCUCUGAAGACGUUGAUGGCUGUAUUGAGAGUGGAACGAUGCACGGAACACCAUUCGACGAAUUUAAAGCGACAUGUGCGACGCUGAUCGAGCCGCAAAUGCUCAAAUUGUUCCCUUUGUUCGCACUUUGCGGCGCCAACAUCUCAUUCUUCCUCUCGAUUCUGCCAACAGCGUUCCAGUUCAACAUGAACAAUUCCGGGAUGAUCUACCUGCCGGCGAUUUAUAGUUUCGGUGUCGGAAUCGGAGAGAUUUCAAGUAUAUUUUUCGGCCUUCUUCCCUCUGAAGACGUUGAGGGUUGUAUUGAGAGUGGAACGAAACGCGGAACACCAUUCGACGAAUUCAAAGCGACAUGUGCGACGCUGAUCGAGCCGCAAAUGCUCAAAUUGUUCCCGUUGUUCGCGCUGUGCGGUGCCAACAUGUCAUUCUUUCUCUCGAUUCUACCAACUUCAUUGCAAUUCAAUAUGAAUAAUACGGAAAUGGUGUACCUAUUGGCUAUUUAUAGCUUCGGCAUCGGAAUUGGCGAAAUUCUAACGGGCUUCUUCAUAUCAGCAAUGAGCAAAAAAAUCAAAGAUUUCGCCCUUCAACCCACAUUGAGCAUCGCGGUCGUCUGCUUGUGCACCUAUUGUGGUUUGGUGUUGGCGUCGACACCAUACGAUGCACCAAUGAGACCGACUCAUGAGCAGCCCCUACUAUUCCAGCAAUCGCAAUUGUUCAUUCUCAUUCUCGCCGUCAUUAUUGGAAUUGUUGAUAAUUGCAUCAACACGGUUCGCGGUGUCAUUUGCACACUGUCGAUGCCGAGUCGGCGAACUCAAGCCCACGCGAUUUCGAAGCUCAUUCAGGCUGCAACAUCAUGUGCAUUGUUCUUUUUGAGUCCAUUAUUGAAUAUUUACUAUUACACAAUUGGCCUUCCAAUAUUAUCAUUGAUAACCGUCUUCUUGUUCUUCCCAGUGUCGCGAAGAACUCAAAGAAUGGAGCGAAAAAUCACGACGGAGAAUUUGUCGAAAGCAUCGGCAAGGGUCUGA